AUGUGUCUCGUGGGGGUCGACUUCUUCAGCGGCGGCAUUUCGUGCCAGUCGCAUGUCGUCUGUGGUCUCAUGGUGGUUGUAAUCACAGUAUCGGACCAUGCAUGGGGAACCUUCCCACCUCGGCUUCUGGUGCUGAAGUUGUUUGGAACCUCCGUGGCUGCGCUCAUAGGGAAUCAGGGCUACCGCAUCGUCCAGAGCGCAGCCCAUAGAAGGCAAGGGGGAGGAUCAACUCGCUCCCAAGGGGCUUUCAUCAAAGAUGCAACGAACCAUCUCAAACGCAACUACCAGAUGCAACCGCCAGUUAGCGCGGACAGCCUUUCGCUUGAACUGCCUUCUCUAGUCAGGCAAAGGCGCAUCCGUUCUAGGGGAUGCAGGCCGGAUGGCUGUAGUGGGGCAACGCUGGUUACCCGGGGGAUGCGCCGCUACUUGACGGACUUUGAAAGCUACUUGCCGCUCUACUUGCAGGCUGUACACCACCGCCUGACCAUAUGCAGAGGCGGCGCGUCAGAAUGCGUCACUGAAAUAGGUGGAGCUAUACCCCGCGAAAAACAGGUGCUCGCAUGA